CCGCGUUGUCUUCCGUUUGCUGCCAUCGUCGUCGACUGUUUUAUGGCUGACGUGUUCCGCAGGCUGCCGCUGCUGCUCCUUGUGGUUCUCUUCGACGCAAAACAAAGUCUUCGAUGAAGGACGCCAGGAUGGAGGCACGACAGGCGAUCCCCCGGUCCGGUGGGGAGCAGGUCGGAGGAAGGCGGUGCGGCGGGAGCCUGUCGACCGUUGGCAGGGCCUCCCAGCGGGUUGGGUGUGAUGAAUUGCCACCGCACUUGCAACCACUCCCUGGCUCAUCGGACGAGGAGGAGGAGGUGGAGAGACGGCCACAAACCGUGUCGUUGGGCAGCGGAUCAACGCAGGAGUGGUCAGCCACGGAGCUGUGCGGGACGGGCGGCGGCGUGUACGAGCAGUCGUUCACUGAACUCCUUCGGCCUGGCCUUGGCGAAGACGAAGGAGAUGGCCGUGUCAACCUGUCGUUCGGUUUGUCCACCGGGCGGUCUACAACUCCAUCGCGCACAGUGCUCGUGCGACCCCACCCUGGCGACGAAGGCGGCCAAUUGACAGUUGUUGAUCGAUCAGCGAGGACGAGGGCGUUGGCGAGUGAGACGGCGGGAGCGAACCGGAACUCGUCGACGGCCCAACCACGGGCGGCCUCUCUGUCCAAGGGCGCCCAGGGUCGGCCGGAGUGGAUGCAGUUGCCAUCUCCCCUGUCUGUGGCGUCGGAAGUGGCACGAGGCCGUGGCGUCGGAGUCGACGGCGGGACCGACUUCUUGGAUGCUGGUAAUGGUCGCGACGGGAGGGAGGUGUGGAGGGACCUGCGGCGGGAUCACCGGCUGCGGCGAGAGGAAUACAUCACACGGGGGGUGGAGCGUCUUCACGUGGGAGACCGGGAGAACGAGAACGAGACGGACGAUCCACCGGCGGAAGCAGACGAUGACGACGACGACGAAGACAACGACGUAGAGUGUGGGGAAGGGGGGGGUGGUCACGCGUCGCCAUCGUUGCAGACCGACAUGGCUGGUAAGGGUGGGAAGUCCAAGCCUUCCGGCCGCAAUGCUCGUUCGCGGGCGAAAAAAGGGCAGGGAAAGGGGAGCGGUGGCGAAGGCGAUGGUGAUGCGGAGGAGAAGCGCAACUUCUGGUUGAAGAACGUCGGCGUGUACAGGAAUGCGGAGAAAUGCGGGAAGAAGUGGGACAAUCUAAUGCAGCAGUUCAAGAAAGUCCAUCACUUUCAGUCACCAUCAGGGGGUGCCGACUUUUUCCAGUUGACGUCGAAGGAGAGGGCGAGCAGGGGCUUCAAUUUCACGAUGGAUCGCGCAGUUUAUGACGAGAUAGAGGGGUCGACUGGGAUGAACCACACCAUCCACCCGAGGAACGUGGUAGACACCGGUGCGUCUGGCGGCGUGCGCCCACCUUCGACGUCUUACAUGGAUCCUGACUCGGUGGCGGACGGGGAAGGUGUUGCAGGGCGAGAAGACGACGAGGAGGGGUCGACGCGAGGCUCUUCGCAGAUGACGGGCACCCCCGACGGUUCUGGGAAAAGGAAGAACACGAGGCAGCAGACUUUCGAGGCGCUGACGGAAUGCAUGGAGAAACACGGGGAGCUGAUGGCGUCGACGAUGGAGAGUGGACGGGCGAAGGCUGCCUUGAAGCAGAUCGUGGAAGGCGCGACCCCCGCGAAGAAGGGACGUCAUCAAGCGAAGAGGCAGAGGAAGGGCGUCCAAGCCGUGGUUGCUGGCAGUGCGCGGGAUGUUGUGGAGGAGGUUGUGGUGGAGGAAGAGAUGACGAACGACGACGACGACUUUGAAGAUGACGACGAUGAACUACUGCCGAGGAAGGCGAGGGUCGGUUCCAGGGGGGGGAUUAGAAUAAACGAGGGGAGGGAAGGGAGACCGACCGCACGGCGCGGCGGUGGCGUUGCCGCGGCCAACCAACCAGUCUUCGUCGACGUGGCACGCGACGUGGCGCGCGACGUCGCAAGGAGGGACGUCGUUGGCCGUGCGAAGGAAGGGGCCGCAUCGCAUGAGGCUGCGCAACGCGUGCUUGAGCCGGUGAAUCACCCCCGAACCCCGGCUGCAGACGUGGCGGGGGGUUCCCAAGCAGCGGUUGAAGGUGGGACGUCGCGAUCUCCCGCGGUGGCGGCGCGCGGCGGCGCUGUGGCGGUCCCGGGAGAGGCGGUUGAAGUCCCGAAGGGAGGAGAUGGCGCGGCGGGCGGAGAAGACGACGAGGCUCUGGUGCACAGACUGCGCGGGCAACGAGCGGCGACACAUGCGAUGGAUGCCGCCCCUCCGGCUAUUCGACGGAGCAUCUCCCUUCCACACAACUCCAUCCCCCAACACAAAAUCGAGGACGAGUCGGAGCUCAACGCGGCGAAAGAGAGGGCGUUGAAAGUGCAGACAAUCUCCCUCAGGGCGAUCCAUGGUUGGGUCUUCAAGUCGGAGAGCAGGCAAAGGGGGUAUCACAUGGCAUACCAAUACGCGUUGAAUCACGCUGCCACGGACAUCGCUAGGGCAAUGUGGUCAGCAGAGGACUGGCGCAGUUUGGUGAGCCCAAUGUUGUUCCGCACCACAUUGAACGCAGACAUGAAGUUGCCUUUGUGGUUCGUGGGCGUGAACAUAGUGGACAGGCACGAGGACGAUGAGUGCGCGGCUUACCAGGAAGCUUGUGUCCAGCGUCUUGUGCGGGAUUUCACAAGCGCAGUUGGCACGGCAAAAGCUAUGGACGGCGGUCGAGUGUCGUACGAGCGUCUGAAGGGGAUGGCAGAGGCGAUGAGGUAUUUGCUCGCCGCCACGAUGUGGAUUAUGCGAAUGGCGGGGGACGAUCCGAGAUCGCAUUACGACGCUUGGGUUUUCGUUCAACGGACGGCGAAGACAACGCUGCUGGCGUCCAUGAACUGUCAGUUCGACACCCGCCGACACAUCACGCAAUCCGCGCAGGUCAUGACGGACAAGUUGGGGAGACCGCCUCCAACCUUCGCCCCCCCACCUGUGUACAUCCCCGAUUGGGCGUCUAAGUGCGGGGUCACUUUCUCGCACGACGCCACGUUGGCCUCCCCGAUGGAGGCGAAACGGUUGGAUUGGCUGGGGACAGGUCCCCCCGAGGACGACGACGGCGACGUCGAAGGCGAUGACAAAGGCGAGGGGGGGUGACGCAUAGACGACGUUGAUGGUGAGGGCGAGGAGGGGAUGAUGCGCAGGCCCUGUUCAGAUGGCAGGUACAAGAGGAUGGUGGGAGGGGGGGGACGUAAGGGGGGGGGGGGGGGGAGAAAGUGUUUGUGCCAUCGUUUACGACUCUGUUCAGGGCAGGACGCCAUGACCGUG